AUGUUUAAGCUAAGAAAUAAAAAAACAGAAGUAUACGCUUUAGGCCGACAUAUCUCUCUAUCCGCCGACAAAGCAAGAAGGGUAAUUGAUCAAAUUCGCGGGCGUUCUUAUGAGGAAACACUUAUGAUACUCGAACUCAUGCCCUAUAGAGCGUGUUAUCCUAUUUUAAAAUUGGUUUAUUCUGCAGCAGCAAGUGCUGCUUACAAUAUGGCUUCCACCAAAGCCAAUUUAGUAAUUAGUAAAGCUGAGGUUAAUGAGGGUACUGCCAGGAAGAAAUUCAAACCUCGAGCUCGAGGACGUAGUUAUGCGAUAAAAAGAACUACCUGUCAUAUAACUAUUGUAGUGAAAGAUAUAUCUUUAGUUGAAUAUGAAGAAAUGUAUUCUUUAAAAAAUCCUAGCUGGAAAAAGACAACUGGAGUAUAUCCUGAUGUGUAUAACUUGGUACAACCCAAAUCCACCAUUCCAUUUGGUUUGCACAACCCCGAAAUUAUUCUGAGAAUCUACAAGAAGAUCAAAAAAUAA